AUGUCAUCGACUGAUCACUGUUUUGAUAUUAGCGCAGCCACCAGUCAAUCUCUACCAGAAUUUGAACGUCGUCAAAAGUUAUUUGCCAAGCAAUUUGACAUUUCAAUUAAAUGUAUGAAUUGUCUUUCUAGUAGGGAAUUAAUCGAGAAACUUAACAUUUAUUGUAGUGAAGAUGAAAUAGCAGGCAAUGGAGCUCUUAUGGGUCUCGCAUCCACACCACUCUUUUUCUAUAGAAUUCCUUCAUCAGCUGUUGAAUAUUCGGGUUGCAGUGGGCAAAUCACUCCUGGAGAUAUAAAAGCAUACGAUGCCUGUCGUUAUUAUGCUGCUUUAAUUGUUGUUGCUCUACAGGGCUAUAAAAAAGAACAAUUAAUCGAUGAUCAAUUUUAUUCGAAGCAUAAAAAAUGGUUUAGUGAUAAAAAACUUCAUCAUGAUAUAAAGUUAAUUUCUAAAGGAUCCUACAAAAAAAAUGGCUAUCAAGCUGAUAUUCGAGAAAAAGGUUAUAUAGUUAGUGCUCUAGAAGUUGCACUAUGGGUAUUUUGGUCCGAUGAUGAUUCGUUUGAAAAGAGUACUCUUGUUGCUGUCAAUCUUGGGGAUGAUACAGACACAACAGUUGCUAUAUGUAGACAGUUAGCUGGUGCUUAUUAUGGUUACCAAGCAUUGCGGGAACAUUGGCUGAAGCAUGUCUAUGCAAAAAAAUUCAUGAAAAAACUAAUCAAAUGGAUUGUAUAUCAAGGAGAAUGUUGGCAAAAACGAUAUGAACAAUCAAUUUCUCAUUUACAGAAAAGUAAUAUUUGA